AUGAAACUUUCAAUUUCGGUUUUGGGAGCGGUUGCUUUCGCUCUUUUUGGCUGUGCCGACGCAGCGGUCCAUUCUGCUAAGCUCAACAAGAUUCCCGUCGAGGAAACCUUGGCGGCUCACCGGUUUAAGGAGUACACUUCUGGUCUUGCUGCCAAGUAUUUAACGGCUUUUUCAACUUCCGAAGGUAUUACCGACCAAACCCAGCAACAGAUUCUUCAGCAGGUUCCAUUUGUUGAUGGAAAAUAUGACAGUGACCUCAGCAACUAUGUCAAUGCUCAGUACUUUACCGAGAUCCAAUUGGGUACCCCAGGACAAACUUUCAAGGUAAUUUUGGAUACGGGGUCGUCAAACUUGUGGGUUCCUUCUGCUGACUGCUCGUCUUUGGCUUGCUUCUUGCACACCAAAUACGACCAUGACUCGUCUAGCACCUACAAGGCUAAUGGAUCUGAAUUCUCCAUCCAGUACGGAUCCGGAGCUAUGGAAGGUUAUGUCUCAAGAGACACUUUGGCGCUUGGAGACCUUAUCAUUCCAAGGCAGGAUUUCGCCGAAGCCACCAGCGAGCCUGGCUUGGCUUUUGCUUUUGGUAAAUUUGAUGGCAUUUUGGGUUUGGCUUACAACACCAUUUCCGUCAACAAAAUCGUGCCUCCUAUCUACAAUGCCAUUGACCAGGGCUUGUUGGACGAGCCUGUGUUUGCGUUCCGGUUGGGCGACACUUCCAAGGACGAAAAUGACGGUGGAGUGGCUACUUUUGGUGGCUACGAUAAGAGCCAAUUCACCGGCAAAAUCACAUGGUUGCCGGUCAGAAGAAAGGCUUACUGGGAAGUUUCUUUUGAAGGAAUUGGAUUGGGAGACGAGUACGCCGAGUUGACCUCGACUGGAGCCGCCAUCGAUACCGGAACCUCAUUGAUCACAUUACCAUCUUCUUUGGCCGAGAUCAUGAACACCAAGAUUGGCGCAACCAAGUCGUGGUCUGGCCAGUACCAGAUUGACUGUGAAAAGAGAGACUCGUUGCCCGACUUGACCUUGAACUUUUCCGGCUACAACUUUACUCUUUCACCUUACGACUACACUUUGGAAGUGGGUGGAUCAUGUAUUUCGGUAUUCACUCCAAUGGACUUCCCGGAGCCAAUCGGUGACCUCGCCAUUGUUGGAGAUGCGUUCUUGAGAAGAUACUACUCCAUCUACGACUUGAAGAAGGAUGCGGUUGGAUUGGCCAAGUCUGUUUAG